GAUAGCGGGCUUGGACUAGGAUAAGGCUUUCAGGGCUGUAAUAAAUAGAGUCGGACAUGUCCCAUACGUAGCACAGUUGGGGUUCCGGCAUUCCCGUCCCAAAUCGGGAACAAACCCCCGGUUCUCCCUCUUGCUCUUCGGCUUUGCCCGUAUGCCCUUUUUUUGAAAGCCUAUCCACGUGUUACUUGUGCCGUAUGCAAUUAUGAACUGGACGGCGGCGCACCUCGCGUGCGUCUUGCUGCUGACAACAGCCCGGCUCUGCAAUUCCUUUACACAAUACUGGUACGACGCUACCGCCCUUAAGAGGGACUUCGGCGUCUCAUUACCCUACAAGCCUACUUGCGGGGAACACCCCUCCACGUCAGUAUUACCGUCGCUUUCGGUCCAUGGCUCUCCAGUCAUAGAUGGGACCAUUGCUUUCGUGUUUGCUGAUGCUUCCACCAACUCUCCGUCGGACACGCUUUGCCCGGGAGGAACCUACAAGGUCACGGUGUCCUUCAAGGAGAAGCGCCUGGCCCUCCUCAGCGCCAACUCCUCCAGCGUCAACUUCACGGAUCCCUCUCCCACACCCUCAUGCACCAACCAAGUGGAUCUGGGUAACAACAUGAACUCCGGGGCCGCCCUCAGCUUCACGGCCGUGUUCAAGGUGCCUUGCAGCGCUGCGAGCACCGUGCUGCUGUUCAUGGUGACCUCUGCGGGCACCAGCACCGCCACCCGGGGGUGGAGCCAGAACAGCAGGACACUCAGCGUGGCCAAGAGCUGCCCCUCCGUGUAUUGUCCCCCGCCUCCUCCGCCACCAUCUCCCCAUCCCCCAUCACCUAUACCGCCUUCGCCCCGUCCGUCACCUCCCUCCCCGCCGUCGCCCCGUCCAUCACCGCCCCCACCCCCCGCACCUCGCCCCUCACCACCCCCUCCCCCCUCACCACGACCUCCGCCACCCUCCCCACCGUCACCGCAGCCACGGCCACCGUCGCCCCUACCACCCUCCCCGCGACCCUCGCCCCCACAACCACCGUCCCCCCGACCAUCCCCACCCCCACCGCCCCGACCGCCAUCGCCCCGACCCUCACCCCCACCGCCUCCAUCCCCACGGCCAUCACCGCCCCUUCCCCCGUCGCCGCAACCACGACCUCCCCAGCCGCCGUCACCGCCUCCCCGUCCCCCGGCACCCCGACCACCAUCACCCCGGCCCUCCCCACCCUCCCCACGGCCGCCAUCUCCCCCGGGCAUGCCCUCUCCAUUACCCCCCGCCACGCCGCCAUCUCCUCCCACCCACCCCAGCCCGCCUCUCAACUCCUCCUCAACGCAAUCGCCCGUAUCCCUCCCAUCACCCUCGUCCUCUCCUCCUUCUCUCCCCUCGCGCUCCCUACUUCCCAACCCGCCUCCCUUUUCAUCGUCGCCUCCCUCGUCGAAGCCCUCCCCGCCGCCGUCGGACAUCCAGAUGUCGGAAGGCUCUCCACCGCCGCCUCCUAGCACCGCGGUCCCCCAGGCUGCCACCAGCUGCACUCGCAGCACCCUGGGCUACCAGUGCAUGGCGCAAAAGGGCAAGGUCACGAUCCACUGGACUGUCAACACCACCACUGCACCCAGCAACCCCUGCACGCCCGCCACGCGAACCGAGCUGCAGGAAGCGGAGGUCGCCCAGAGCGGCUCGCUGCACAUGGCGAUCCAAGCCGCCGUGACAGGCUACGUGGCCUUGGGCUUUGGCUCCGACCCUGAGGAGAUGUACCCGAGUGACAUCGUGCUGGGCUACGUGCAGAGCAGCGGCGCGGGAUACCUCAAGACGUUUUUCGCGGAGGAGGAGGAUUUGGACGAGAAGGACGUGUGGCCUCCCUCCGGCUCGUCCAGCUGGGCGUACGACAGCGGGGUGCUGCAGAACUCCUCCUCUGGCGUCACCACCCUGUGCUUCAGUCGCCGACUGCGGGACGACCGAGCCAAGGCAUCACCCGACCUGCGGGCGGCCACCGGAGGGGCAGUGGCAGCGGGGGCAGCAAGGCGGAGACUGGCGGCAUCACAGGAUGCCGGUCUGGGCCUCUCUUGGGCCGUCAGCAACACGCGCGGCCUGGUGCAACACACCAGCAGUAACGUGGGCGGCUUCUUCCUGGAUGUGACCAGUGGUGGCUCCGCUGACGCCACCGCGGACGCCAAGUUCUGGAUCGACGUGCACGGCGUGCUGAUGACGGUCGCAUGGCUGCUGCUGCCCCUGGGUGCCCUGCUGCCCUCGCACCGGUGGGUAUUCCGCGGCAAGGAGCUGUUCGGCAAGCAGAUCUGGUUCCUGGGCCACGUGGUGUGCCAGUGGGGCGGCAUGGCGCUGUUCAUCGCGGGAUUCGUGGUGCUGUACAUCAAACUGGAGAUCGAGGAGGACAGCAUGCCGGGUGGCGACGUGGGGGAGGCGCACCAGAAGAUCGGAAUCGCGGUCAUGGCGGCUGCGGUAGCUCAGAUGAUUCUGGGACACGUGCGGCCCGACCCGAAACACCCGCGACGAGGACUGUGGAACUUGCUGCACCACAACCUGGGUCGGUUGAGUGUGCUGGUUGCGUCGGCCAACAUCUACAUCGGCAUCUACAUUUACCAUGUGAGCCAGUGGCAGGCCAGCUACAAGCACUGGAUCCUGCCCAUUGCCAUCGUGAUGGGAGCACUGUUGAUGCUCGACAUCGUGCUUCGCUUCAUGGCGCCCGACGCCCCUCCUGCGGCUGCCGGUGCGGCCGCCCCCCCGCAGCAGCUGCAGCUGCAGCCGCAAGCGCCGCCCAGCCCAGGAGGCAAGGUCGCAUGGAACUCCGGCGGCGGAGCCCCCUACCCUGCUCCUCCGGGCACCACCCCUUACCCGCCGCCGGGAACUGCAGCCCCCUACCCACCACCUCCGGGCCACGCAGUGCCCUACCCACAGCCAGGCAACGCAGUCCCCUACCCACAGCCAGGCAACGCAGUGCCCUACCCUGCCGCAUACCCACCGCAUCCCGGAACUGCAGUCCCCUAUCCUCCUGCCGCCAGUGCACCCCCCUACCCGGCCGCAUAUCCACCGGCGGCCGGAGUCCCCUACCUGCAUGCGGGCAGUGCAACGCCUCCGUACCCGCCGCCGGCGGGAGGCGGAGUCUCAUACCCGGCACCUCUGUACAAUGUGCAGCAGCAAGGACAGCAAUUCGCCUAGCCGGCUCGUAGAUAAUGGGUAGUGGAUUAUGGUGGUAAUGGAGUGAUUGCCCGUGUGGAGAGCGCCGUGUGAGUGAGAGGCUGUGGUAUGCCCCCCCAUGCAUGGGCGUUUGGUUGCUAGGAGAGAGGUGCCAUGUAGGGGAUAAUUCCGUGAACCUACCGGUAUGCACAAAUCGAAAGCUGGACAAGUUGUGCUGCAGUGAGCCUCAACUUGUGGUCCCGCUUUCCCGAAGAAGAGCUGCAUUUAGUGAGCAGGUGCCGUGCGAUAUACGUAGGAGGCCGCAUGACUGUCGCUCGUGACCAGCCAUGCCUCAGUCCUUAUUUGUGCAUGUGGGCGUGUUCGCGUCAUGUGAGCCGGGUUGUGACUUGUGAGGCGAACCCGCGCGUGAUUUUCCCGGCAAGAUGGUGGGGGUUUCGUUGGUUUGUUGGCGUGUGGCAUGGGCCACAUCCUGCCAUGUUUGGUACGAAUGAUGCUACUUCCUACGUACGGUGUAAGUUGUUGAGCGCUGCUGGGUUGAGCACUGUCGUUCGUGAAUACCCGGUGAUUGUUGCCGGGGUCGUAUAUCGGUAUGUCGUUGCAUGGAUGGGUUAAUUGAACGAAUGAAUGACCCUACUAACACGCACAUAAUGGACCUACCAACGGUGGUGUUGUGAGGUGGAGCCCUGGUGUCUUCGCUUGAUAAUAAUGAGAGAGGAUGUAUGGGGAGCUGCAGAGCCCUGCCGGUUGACAUGGCACAUGGGCGUCAACUGCAGCAUGCAUGCCCGCAACGUCCUGGGGAACUGUGAAUAUCGCAGUACAACGUACCGAAAUAAACGUACAUGCUGUAACACCAGACAGGCA